UAUAUGCAUUAUAUAAAUUAUUAGUGAGUGUUUGUUUACAUAUCUUCUUCUUCUUCAAUAAUAUAUAUAAAAAUUAUGGGUACCCAAAUGAUGAAAUUAACUAUGGUGGUAUUGAUCAUAUUGUUACAUAAUCAUAAUUAUUAUGGUGUUAAUGGUGAUCCCCAUGAUGAAGUACAUGGUCUUUUCAUAUUUGGUGAUUCUUUAUCUGAUAGUGGAAACAACAACAAUCUUUUAACAAUGGCUAAAGCUAAUUACAAACCUUAUGGGAUUGAUUUUCCUAAUGCUAUUACUCCAACAGGAAGGUUUACUAAUGGUCGAACUGUGGUUGAUGUACUUGGUCAACUUUUAGGCUUGGAUCACUACAUACCACCAUUUGCUAAUACUACUGGUUAUAACAUAACCCAUGGUGUAAAUUAUGCAUCUGGAUCAGCAGGAAUUCUCCAAGAAACUGGCAAAAUUUUGGGUGAUUGUAUUAGCUUGGAGAAACAAAUAGACAACCACCAAAUUACAAUCUCAAAAAUAAAAAAUAAAUACAACCAUAAAUUUACAAUUUCACAAAUAAAUUAUCACUUAAAGAUGAAGUGCAUAUAUCAUAUUACCAUAGGAAAUAAUGACUAUAUUUUAAACUAUUUACUGCCUAAAAUUUAUAAUACAAGUAGUCUUUAUACACCUCAACAAUAUGCUAAGCUUCUCAUCCAAAAAUAUGAAUAUCAAAUUUUGAGAUUGUACAACAAUAAUGCAAGGAAGGUUGUUCUAGCUGGAAUUGGACAAAUUGGAACUUCUCCAGCAAUUAUUGAUUUAUAUGGAAAAAAGACUGGUGUUGACAAAGUGAACAAUCUAAUUCAAAUCUUCAACAAAAAACUGAAAUCACUUGUUUAUAAACUUAAUACCAAAUUUAGUGAUGCUAAGUUCAUUUUUGUCAACACUUUUCAAAUGCAUUCUAGUGAUGAUCUUUCUUCUCUUGGAUUCACUAAUUUUAAUGAAACUUGUUGUCCAACAACAUCGAUUGGUUUCUGUAUCCCUUCAAGCACUACAUGUAAGAACAGAACCUCAUACGUAUUUUGGGAUAAAGUUCAUCCAUCUGAAACUCUAAAUAAAUAUACUGCGACCAGAUCUUAUACUUCUCUUCAUGCUUCAGACAAUUAUCCUAUUGAUAUCAAGCAACUGGCUCAGCUACGACUUUAAAAUAUAUCCAAGAAAUGCUAUAGGGUUUCUAUAUUGCUAUAUUUUAGCAUAUAAUUUUUUAAAAUAUAAUAUCUAUAUAAUAGUGUUGUAAUAUAAAUAUAUGCAUAAUACAAAAUAUACAAUACCAUGUAAAAAUAUAUUAUAAAUGGAUAAAUUUAUCAUAUUUAUCUAUACUCAUGCCAUCAAUAAAAAAGAGAAUAAUUAUCUA